AAACAUGAGAAUGAGUGAAGUUUGCAAAAUUCUUUUCAUUUUCCCUUAAGAAAAAACACAUUUUACGUUCCCAUUGCAUUCCAAAAGAUUCAACCCUAUUAUUCAAAUUGUCAUUCUUGUAUGUAUUGUUAAUUAAGGGAAGAUGGGAAUUACAUUUUCCUGUCCUUUUGCCAAUUUUGAGGAUUUGGAUAGUCGGGUUGAAUCGUAUUUGGUGAGAACGAUAAGUUUAGGAAGCGAUGAUAUGAGGAAUGCAUUACAGCCCAGGAAUUUCAAUGAUCAAAUUACUAGAAAGUCGAAAAUCAUGAAGUCAUUUGGUUCCGGAAAUAUGAUCCUUGAGGGAACUCUUACCUAUAAAAGGAGGGAAUUCGAGGCCAAGAUUGCAUUGAGGACUCUAAUUUCCGAUAAGGAGGAUAAGAAGAUCACUAGAUCAGACAACCCGUGGAACACGGCUGAAAUUUCUCCGAAAUUGCCUAGCAUCUCCGAUAAAGAUACUAGGAUGCUACCAGCAGAGUUCAGAAAACAAAGAGAUCAGGCUGCUGUAAAGUUGCAGAAGACAUAUAAAAGUUUUCGUACACGAAGACAGCUAGCUGAUUGUGCUGUGCUAGUUGAACAUAGAUGGUGGAAGCUAUUGGAUUCCGUUGAACUCAACCAAAGUUCUAUAUCAUACUUUGACACUGAGAAACCUCAAACUGCUGUUUCUCGUUGGUCACGAGCAAUAACUAGAGUUGCUAAGGUCGGUAAAGGUCUGUCCAAAGACGGGAAAGCACGUAAACUUGCUUUGCAGCAUUGGCUUGAAGCAAUUGAUCCUCGACAUCGUUAUGGCCACAAUCUUCGAUUUUACUACACCACGUGGCUCCAAGCUGACAGUAAACAACCCUUCUUCUAUUGGUUGGACAUAGGUGAAGGUAAAGAAAUAAAUCUUGAGAGGUGCCCUAGACCGAAACUUCAACAAGAAUGCAUCAAGUAUCUUGGACCGAUAGAGAGGGAGGCAUAUGAAAUUGUCAUUGUGGAUGGAAAGUUCGUAUACAAGCAAAGUGGAAGGCUUCUUGAUACGAGGGGAAGCCCACCGGAGACAAAGUGGAUCUUCGUGCUAAGCGUGUCCAAAAUCUUGUACAUCGGGAUGAAGAAAAAAGGCACAUUUCAGCAUUCGAGUUUCUUGGCAGGUGGUGCCGCGUUAUCUGCUGGGAGAUUAGUGGCGGAAGAUGGUAUUAUAAAGGCGAUCUGGCCUCAGAGCGGACAUUAUCUCCCCACCGAGGAGAAUUUCCAAGCAUUCAUGUUAUUUCUUAAGCAACAUAACGUUGAUGUCUCCGUUAUUCAGAAAUUCACCAAUUAUGAAGAGGAAGCGCCCUCUAUCAAGAAGGAAUGCGGUACCAACAUAUGUAAUAACUUAUCAGCCCCAGAUUUAAGCGAAUCGAGUGAAGCGAGCAGCCUCAAAAGCUUGGACACAAAGAAGAUUCAUUCUACUAACAAGUCAGCACCACAUUUCUCAAAACAGUCCCGAGGAGCACGACCCAAAAUUGCUGUUCAAAUACCGGAAAAGGAAGGCAUUUUCGAGCUGUUUAAAAAGACCGCCCAACAGAUGCAGCCCGUGGUAACACCAGCAGAAGGAUACAAAACACCAUACGCCUACUUAUCGGAUACAGACUUUUCAGCUUCAAAGGAAGAGGAGAACAAGAUAAUACAUUCACAUAUAAGCAUGAAGUCAUAUCAUUUAGCUCAUCAGUUGUCUACAUGUCGAUGGACAACAGGAGCUGGACCUCGUAUCGGAUGCAUGAGAGACUAUCCAUAUGAACUCCAAUUUCGCGUUAUGGAGGAAGUACAAUUGUCUCCAAGAACUGCAUUUCCAACUCCCCCGAAAGCAGCGCGAUGUUAUACGCCAACAAUCUUUUCUAGAGAAGCAAAUGAUCAAUGCAAAAGACCUGAUUUUGAACUUACUGUAUUCUCUGUUUAAAAAGAUGCAAUUUUUGGUUGAGUAAUCAGUAGUUCCAGAGAGGAAAACAAUUUUCUACUAGGAUCUUCCUAUGCUGCUCGAACUCUUCAAAAUGUUGACGCGUGUGUUUUUGAAGGAUCCUACGUGGGUGCGACAACAUUUUUGGAGAGUCCGAGCAACUUACGCGGAUUUUCCCUUGAGCAUUUUUCCAUUUUUGGUUGUUUUUUCUCUCUUUUCUUUUUUCUUCUUGAAUCAUUUUUACUGUAUAGGUCUGUACAGAAAAAUGUACGUAUUUUUUGACACAAAGAUUAUUUAGAAUAUGAUAUCAUAGAAAGUUUGUCAAAUAUUAUUUUUCAGCUCAGAA